AUGGCUUGGGACAUCUUCGCCGCAUCUGCGACCUUGAUGCAAAGUUUGGCUUUGCACGGUCUUGAGACAAAUGCAAGGGGUGGGCAGUGCCCAGCUGUGAAGCUGAGCUUUGCAAGGAACAUGUCGCUGCAGAAAGGUCGGCGCGCCGAUGGCUACCGAGGUGAUGUGCGUUGUUGGACGCCUGCGAACACGAAGAAGUUGUGGGUUGCUCGCACAGCAGGUGAGGUGGCAGUCCUCCGCACCCGCUGGGCUCUUCGAGACUUCUGCUGCUCUCUUGGGCGCACAUCCUCGUGCUGGCAAGGAACGCUGACCUUCAAGCGCUGCUGCACAGAGACCCGGGCCACUUCCAGCUCGAUCUGGAACACGCAGGAAAAGGAGGCAUCGUGUUGGCCUUCUCCUACUAUAACCAGGACGUGCUGCGGCUUGCGUCUCUUUGGCCUGUGUGCAGCACUCGUGUGGCGCAACGCGACCUGGGAUCACCUUGCGUUGUGCUGUCGCGGCGAGAUGCCAGACCCGACCAGGCGUGGCGAAGCUUUUUUGGCUGGCUGCCAUCGGAGGCUUCAUUUCCAGGACAUAACUUUGCAGCUCGGUGUGCGGCUGACCGGAUUGCCACGCCUUCGCCCGGCCAACCUCGGGGCUCUGGUGGAGCACUAUCAUCGAACCGGAGACGCUCUUGUGCCAAUGCUGCAGCUGCAGGAUGCGCUCACUGGCAUCAAUGUUGAUGGCCUUGAGAUCUGCGCGCCUGCGAUGAUACUUGCGAAGCUUCUGGAGGUUGAGCGGGACAGUCUUUCUGUAAUGCCGUCUUUGACAAGGUCCAGGCUAGCCGCGCUGAGGUCUUUCUGGUUCAGCUUGCAGAGGGAAGGCUUUGGUGUGCAAGCACUGACCUGGGUGAACGCCAGCUCGCAGGUGCCGGGGACCUCAGGACCCUUGCCUUUCGCCGGUCAUGUUCCCAAGCAUUGGUUGAACCUGACAGCGGCGAGCAUCUAUCGGAGCUUUCAUCGCAUUGAUGCACAGGUCAAGCAGUGGACCUCUGUGGCAACACUGCGACGCAGGGUCGGCUUUAAGGUGAAUGUGGUGAUGCCCUUUUGCGCCCGAGCGGACGGAGAGUACCUGCCGCUGCUGGAGUCUUUGAUUCUGCAGGAGUCGCUGCCUCUCACCAAGGUUGUCGACCUAUACAUCUACGACAUUUGCUAUGCCUUCUUCGAUGUCAGCAGUUCUGCCUACAGCUUGGAAAAUGAGGCAGAGGUGGAAAUCGAUCUCUCCUCUGGCUCAGAGCGCGCAGGAUCGUCUCAUUCUCUGGUGGCUUUGUCGUCCUCAUUGCUACGAGUGGCCAAGUACUUCAGGCGUGCAUUCGUCAUCCCCUUCCAUGAGGAGAUACCUACUGGUGAGGUGUCUCCGAAUCUCCACCAUGUUGCACAGCACUAUGACGAUCUGCCAGACUUCAUGAUGUUCAUCCAUGUGGAUGUGUAUGAGCACGUGGAGGUCCCGGCACUGGUGUCAGUGCUGAACUCCUUCGCGCUGAGGCUUUGGCCCCGGGAGCUGCCCUUCCUGCAUUUGGGCCGUCGGCACAGUGGGCCAAUCGAUGCGUCAGGACGAGUGCGUUCGGAGAUUCGGUCGUACUGCCGAAUGCGAGCACCCAGGGAGGGUGUGCAGCGGAAGACAGCUCCAUCUAUCUUUCGAGGAGACUCUGUCCUGGAACGCUACACGGUUCGUACACCCUCAGGCUGGUACUGCCAGUGGGUGGAGUUGGCGUGGGAGCUGCUUUUCCACCACCCACCACAGCUUCCGGAGGACGACUACGGCGGCUAUGACUACGGUCAGUUCGUGGCCAGCCGGGAAGCCGCGAAAGCCAGGCCAAAGGCGUUCUGGCAAAGUGGGUGGCGCGCACUGUGUAGUAGCAGCAAUUACCGGCUCCUUCCUGGAACAAAGUUUCUGUCUUGGAAGGACCUGACAGCAAUGGAAAGGACCAGGGAGGAGAAAUUCACUUGGUUCGGCUUCCACAAGGGGUUGGAAAUGGCCUUCGAGCACCUUUGGCACGUGGUCUUUCACCCAGAGGCUGCGACUUGGCUGUGGCCCAGCAGGCUGAGGGAUCCAUCUCUUCCUCUUGGACUAAAGUUUGCCAUGAAUGGUGACCCGACGCUGCUUCGAUUCUACCGCUGGACGCCCCACGAUCCGCUUUAG